AUGGACGACAUCGACCUCCCCGCCCUGCGGGACAACCUCAUCACCAUCGCCCUGCAGGCGGGCUCGAUGAUCACCGCUGCAUCGUCGUUGUCCUUGAACAGCGGCAGCCCCGGCACGCAGCCGAAAGCGGCCACGUCGACGAAGAAAAACUCGGCCGACCUGGUCACGGAGACGGACAAGGCGGUCGAGGACUUCAUCUCCAGCACGCUGAAACGGCUGUACCCGACGUACGAGUUCAUGGGCGAGGAGACGUACGUCCCGGGCAACAAGCUCGGGCCGGCGCCGACCUUCAUCGUCGACCCGAUCGACGGGACCACGAACUUUGUCCACGGCUGGCCCUACGUGAGCGUCAGUCUGGGGUUCGCGGUGAAUCGCGUGCCCACCGUCGGCGUGGUGUUUAACCCGUUCACACGCAAGCUGUACCACGCGAUCAAGGGCCGGGGGAGCUACCUGCGGAUUGUGCAAGAAGAAAGCACGGCUUCGUCAGUGUCUUCUUCGGCCACGGCAGACGGGGCCGACACGAAGCUGCCCCUGAGAUAUCCCGGCGCGGUGGCCGGACUGGACGAGUGCGUCGUGGCGAUCGAGUACGGCAGCGACCGAACGGGGACGAACUGGCGCACCAAGAUCGAGACGUGGGCGGCCCUGGGCGCCAGCAAGGACGAAGGCGGUGCCAUGGUCCACUCGGCCCGCGCACUGGGCUCCGCCGCCCUCAACCUGUGCGCCGUCGCCGAGGGCUCCAUCGACGUCUACUGGGAGGGCGGGUGCUGGGCCUGGGACGUCUGCGCCGGCUGGGUCGUGCUCACAGAGGCCGGCGGCCUGGUCGUCGACGGCAACCCCGGCGCCUGGGACAUCCCCAUCGAUCACAGAAAGUACCUCGCCGUGCGGGCGGCGGAGAAAGGCCAGAAGGAGCUGGUGCAGGAAUUCUGGUCAUUUAUCAAGGGCCGUAUGGAGUAUGAGCAUUGA